GUCCUUCCUAUGUUUACAUCAUUUCUCAAAGACAUCGAAACAAAAAGGUGAAUAAAGACCAGAGAACUCAUGACAUCUUGAAACACGUAAAAAUAUACAAAUAUAAAUAUGUUUGAGGCCUAUAAUGAAAUGAUCAAUGAACCUUUAAUAGAAAGAUGUAUAGUUAUGAACGUGCAAUGAUGGAAGACACUUGUCAAAUGGAUAGUUUAGAGGACUGGGUACCAGUUAAACCAGGACUCUUCAAUACUGAUGCAGAAUCUUCCAAACGUUUUAUUUUCAUGGUCAGUUGGAAUGAUGUAUAUAGAAAGGUUGCCAUCACAUGUCGCCAACACAACCGAGUGGCUAGCGACAUAGAGGACAGUCAGAGUAGAAGUGGCAUGUUUUCGUUUAGUGAACUCAAGGCAAUUCAUGAGAUAUUGUGUCUGAUUCAACCAUCACUCUCUCCAUAUCUACCUCCAUUACCUGACGAACCUCGUUCUUUAUGGGCGUAUCUAGGAUACACAGGCCCUGAUUAUGACUAUGAAGAAAUUUGUCUCCAAUUGGAGAAAUAUUUUGUUAGAGCAUUAGAAAUAUGUAAAGAACAUCUACUAAUGACUACAUUAUUUGAAGAACCUGACACCAGGGAAUAUUUUGACAAUAUGAGUGAACUAAGAAGACAAAAUCUUGAAGAUGAUGUCUUAAAAUGUGAAGAAAGGUUGAAAAAUGUGAUAUUUUUAAGGACAAAUGCCAGUAAUAUGCAUGACAUGAAAGAUGUCUAUGAAAGUGAAGAUGAUGCUGUGAUGAAGCUGCAUGAGUGUUUAGCUGUGUUGUAUAAUUAUCAGCAACAGCCAUUUCUGGACCUGAGAGCCAUAUCUCGUUAUAAAGUAGCAGAAGCUAAAGAACAGUUAGAGAAUUCUGAUCUUGGUGAAAGGUUUAAAAGACAAUAUUCUUCUAUAUUUUCUGAAUGGCAAACACAAUUAGAACAGGCCAUGGAAAACAUUCAACAAUUAUACAUAAAGUAUUAUAGUACAAGUUGCCAAAUAUAUCAAGCCAUGCUCAGUAGAAUGUUAGAGGAUAAGAAGUCAUAUGGAAAAACUGCUUUUGAAUUGAUAGGAUCUGAGCGACUACUCAGAAUACAAGAAGAAUUGAGUACAGAGAAACUGCACUUACUGAAUAGUGAAAAGAAGUUAUUAAUUCUAGAAAAAGAUAAGGUUUUUGAAGAGAUAGCGAGUUUAGAUGAAACUCCUAAUGUACAAAAACAGUUGGAAAGGUUAGAAACCAAGGCAUAUGAAUGGCAUAUCAAGAUCUGCCAACAACAAAUGAAAAUUCUAGAUGAAGAAGAGAAGAUCUGUCAAGCAAAAAUGGAGGCAUUAAAGAAAACUCUGAAAGCCAAGGAAGAUGAGAUUGUAUUUUAUGAUGCUGUUGAGGACAGUUCACAGAUAAGCCCUGAUGAAGACCAAGAACAAAUAUCAUCUUUUAACAGUAAUAGUGAUUUAAAUACAAUUAGGAGAAAAAUGACAGCUAUCAAUAAAAAGAGAGCUACUCUGAGGAAUAAGAAGACUGCAUUAGAAAGGCAAAGAAAAACUAAGAAAGAAAAGAAAAUUGAAGAAGAAGAAAAAUUACGACAACACCAUGCAAUACAAACUAAAAUUGAUCAGAAAAAGGAAGACACAUCAAGGAAGGCUGAUUUUAUUGUAGAAGAGAGAAUAAAAGCAAUAGACAGAAUAAAAAUGCACAAAGUUAAAUUCCCAACACCUGAAACCAUUAAACCUCCAAGAUAUCAACCACCAAGUCAAAAGAAAUCUCCCUCCUCAGAAAAUGCUGAAAAAACAGAGACACCAGUUAAAAAACAGAAACCACUUACAAACACUCAAAGGACAAUUAAAAUACCUGUCAAAUCCAAGACAACAAAUAGUGAUAAGCCAGCUCCAAAACCCAGAUAUUCAUUAGAGAAGAAGAGGAAUGGAUCAUCAUCCAGUGAAAAAAGUGCUUCUCCGCCAACAUCAGCUUAUUCAGUACAAUCACAACCUACUGCUUCCAUACCACCCCCUCCUCCUCCGCCUUCUGGUGCACCUCCUCCUCCCCCUCCACCACCACCACCACCUCCUCCUCCUCCUCCUCCUCCUCCUCCUCCUCCAUUGGUGCCAUCACCUUUGUCAUCUGCAGGAUCAGUUACAAAAAAGAGUUCUAAGGAAGGGAGACAACCAGAAACAUCAUCUAAUGGAAUGCCUGACUUGAAAACACUGCUAUCUAAAAAGUCACUUUUAAAGCCUGUUGAAAUUCAGGAAAAGCCGCAAGCUGUUGAUCCAAUGGAUAACAUAUUAAAAAUGGUGAGAAAUGGUAUAAAACUGAGACCAGUAAAACAUAAAGAAGACACAGAUUCUGAGUCAGCUGACAAUUCAAAGUUUACUACUCCCAGUGAUUCACAUUUGAAACUUCUCCACGAUAGACUCAAUCAUAUCAACAAGUUUACAAGAGAAAGUUCACCGGAGUCAGACAGCAGUGACGAUGGAGAAUUUGAUUAAAUGUGUGUGUGUACAUAUUUUGUUUUUGUUUGCUUUUCCGAUAAAUUAUUUGCGUUUAAAUUUGCUUAUUUUUGCAAUGAAAAUCAUGCCUUGGUGUAAGGAAGGCACUCUGCUUUAUCAAAUUCUUGUUAUUUUGUGUUACUGGACUAUUUCAUAUAAUACUGAAUUUUAAAACUCCUGAAAAAAAUAAUUUAUAUUCAGAAACUACAAUGCCAUUGGUUAAGUAAGAUAUGUCCAUGGAGAUUUAUUUUUGAAUUUCGGUUCAGAUCUCUAUAUAUUAUAAACAUAAAUAUAUGUAUACUAUAGGUUACUGUAAAAUGUCAAUUCAGAAAUGAAUGUGUGCCUUUAUUAUUGCAAAUCACUGAUUAAAGGUCAAAAUGGAAGAUAAAAUCAGAAUCUAACUGCAACUAAAAUGAGAAGCAAAAUUAGUAUUUAGAUUAGAAUGCAAGUGUAUCAUUGCAAACCUUUGAUACUGUUGCAUUUUUCACAUAUAUUUAAAAUAUUACAAUAAUUUCUGAAUUUACAGUAUUGCAUAUUUUUAUGUUCAAAUCUUCUAGUCUGAGUUUUAAUCCUAUUAAUCAUAAUAAUAAGUUACGAUUUUGUACAAUUCAUAUACAGAGGAAAAAUGGGGAAACAAGAACUGUGAUUGUUGAAUUCCUGUAAAAAUUACAUAUUUUUAUAGUUUUAUGUAAAAGUUUUAAAACUAAUUACUUGUGGUUGUACAAUACUAUUUACUAAUCUCUUUAUGUUUAAAAUGAACACUCUAAGCUAAACUUGUAACUAGCUAAAAUGCAAUUUUAUUUUUGAAAUAAAUCACAAUGCCACUUUUGUAGUAUAUGAAAAGGAUAUGUUCUCUUCAGGUUUAUGAGAUUAAGUGGAGUCAACUGAUAAAUGAGACUGAAAGUUCUUACACCAAUAAAAUAAUAAUACUGUAAAUUCAGAAAAUAUUGCAAUGUUUUUAUUAUUGCUAAAAAAUGCGACAGGUUAUCAUUGCAUAAUUAAAACUCGCAUUUUUAAAUUUUCUAUAUGCAUCAAACAUGAUUCUUCCAAAUAUCGCAAAAAAUAAAAUCACAUUUUAGUCCAAAAUGACAAAAUCGCAAUAAUGAAUGCAAGCAAUAAUUUCUGAAUUUACAGGAGUCCAGUAUAAUGCCUGGUCAUUGCAAACUUGUACAUAUUUUAAAGACGAUAGAUAUCAUACAAAAGUUUAUUAAUUUAUUAUAUCCAACUUGAUAUAAAACUUUUGCUAUAUCUUUGAAACUUAUUUAUUUGACGCUAAUAUCGAUCAUAUAGGUUGUUUUUUGCCUUAUUUUCCACAGAAAUGUAUAAUUUUAACUUAUAAUAAUUAGUUAUGUUUGUAUUUUAGACAGUAUUAAGUUAUUUAAAACAUAACAACACCUCCUUGUCUAACAUACUGGUAAGGGACGGCAUCAAAAGAUCGAUGUAGGAUAAACAAGAAUGUGUCUAAAGUACAUGGAUGCCCCACUCGCAUUAUCAUUUUCCAUGUUCAAUGGACCGUGAAAUUGGAUAAACUAUCUAAUUUGGCCUUAAAAGUAAAAAGAUCAACCAAAAGGGAACAUGUGUACUAAGUUUCAAGUUGUAUGGACUUUAACUACAUUGAAAACUACCUUGACCAAAAACUUUAACCUGAAACUCACACUUUUAAUUUCUAUGUUCAGUGGACCAUAAAAAUGGGGUCAAAAGAUUAAUUUUGUUGUAAAAUAAAAAGAUCAUAUCAUAAGGAACAUGUGUACUAAGUUUCAAGUUGAUUGGACUUUAGCUUCUUCAAAAACUACCUUGACCAAAAACUUUAACCUGAAAUGGGAUGGACGGACGAACAGACGCACAGACAGAAUGACACACAGACCAGAAAACAUAAUGCCCCUCUGCUAUCGUAUGUGGGGAAUAAAAACUUAAAUCAAAUAAUUUGGGGGUGGGGGGUUAACAUUGCUGCAAGUUUUGUUAAUUUUAAAUCGAUUUUACAUAUAUCCAUAUAGGUUAAUCAAUUUUUCCCAUAUUAAGUUAAGAGGGGGUGUGGGGGCUAACAUACUGGUAAGGGACGACAUCAAAAGAUCGAUGUAGGAUAAAAAAAACUUAAAUCAAAUAAUUUGGGGGUGGGGGGUUAACAUUGCUGCAAGCUUUGUUAAUUUUAAAUCGAUUUUACAUAUAUCCAUAUAGGUUAAUCAAUUUUUCCCAAAUUAAGUUAAGAGGGGGUGUGGGGUGUCAGUGAAAAACCAUGUGAAUUAAGUUUUUUAUCCUACAUUGAACUUUUAAUGUCGUCCCUAACUAUCAUAAACAUUGGAAGCAUUUUAAAAUAAUUACUACAGGUACCCCUGACUUGUUUAUCAUUGACAGAAACAGUGUGUUGUGUUUUUAACAUUAUAUCUAUCUUUGUUUACAUUAUAUUAUCUGUUCCCCAGUUGUGUGAACACUUAUUUCACUUGUUUUGUGAUUUUACUGGUUAGAUAUGAAAUUAAUAAUUGUUUGUAAUCAAGAAAAUAUAUAUUUAUUGAAAUUUCUGUGAUAUUGAGAAUAAAGACAGUUAUGAUUGAUGAAAUGA